AUGCGGGUAAUCAAUUUGGCCUGCACUUUGAAACAUCCCAACAUCGUUAAUUGUCUUGGAAUUUGGAGUGAAGUAAGGUUGCUCUACGAUGAUAUGCUGGAGGGAAUGGAAGGUAUCCAUGCGAGGGACGAAGCUGAUCUUGCCUCUAUUGGGAAAGAUAUACUCGAGGGGCUGCGUUACCUCAAGGAUCAGAAUGUCGUUCAUGGAGAUCUGAAGCCCUCUAACAUUUUAAUCGAUCAUGACAGGAGAACGGUGAAGAUUUCUGAUUCGAAAAGUCUAAGCACACAUAUAAAUAGGGCAAAAACAUGGUGGACGACUUCUGGGAUCAAUGUCCAUUGCGCUCUCCGUUGGAUUUUGUACGCGAGCCCUGAGUCCCUCUGUCGCGCCCUCUGGAAGGAGGAUUGCGAGACCAGUGAUAUAUGGAGUUUUGGGAUCUGA